ACGCGCGGUGGCGGCGGUGGGAAGAUGGCGGCGCCCGGUGGCAGUGGUGGCGCUGGUGGCGGCGGCUUCCGCGCGGGCCCGGGCCCCGAGCGCCCGAACAGCAUGGCCGACAAGAACGGGGCCCUCAAGUGUACCUUCUCAGCCCCUGGCCACAGCACCAGCCUCCUGCAGGGCCUCGCCGCCCUCCGCGCCCAGGGCCAGCUCCUGGAUGUCGUGCUUACCAUCAACCAAGAGACCUUUCACGCGCACAAGGUGGUCCUGGCCGCCUGCAGCGACUACUUCAGGGCCAUGUUCACGGGUGGCAUGAGGGAGACGAGCCAGGACGUUAUUGAGCUGAAGGGUGUGUCGGCCCGCGGCCUGCGGCACAUCAUCGACUUUGCCUACAGUGCCGAGGUGACACUGGACCUGGACUGUGUGCAGGACGUGCUGGGUGCAGCCGUGUUCCUGCAGAUGCUGCCCGUGGUGGAGCUGUGUGAGGAGUUCCUCAAGGCCGCCAUGAGCGUGGAGACCUGCCUCAACAUUGGCCACAUGGCCACCACCUUCAGCCUGGCCUCGCUCAAGGAAUCGGUGGACACCUUCACCUUCCGGCACUUCCUGCAGAUUGCCGAGGAGGAGGACUUCCUGCACCUGCCGCUGGAGCGCCUCGUCUUCUUCCUGAAGAGCAACCGGCUGCAGAGCUGUGCCGAGAUUGACCUGUUCCGUGUGGCCGUCCGCUGGCUGCAGCACGACCCCGCCCGGCGGCUGCGCGCCAGCCACGUGCUCUGCCACAUCCGCUUCCCGCUCAUGCGGUCCUCAGACCUGGUGGACAGCGUGCAGACGCUAGACAUCAUGGUGGAGGACGUGCUGUGCCGCCAGUACCUGCUGGAGGCCUUCAACUACCAGGUGCUCCCCUUCCGGCAGCAUGAGAUGCAGUCGCCGCGCACAGCCGUGCGCUCGGAUGUGCCCUCGCUGGUUGCCUUCGGUGGCACGCCCUACACUGACAGCGACCGCUCGGUCAGCAGCAAGGUGUACCAGCUGCCCGAGCCGGGGUCCCGCCACUUCCGUGAGCUGACGGAGAUGGAGGUAGGCUGCAGCCACACGUGUGUAGCCGUGCUGGACAACUUCGUGUACGUGGCCGGGGGUCAGCACCUGCAGUAUCGCAGUGGCGAGGGCGCCGUGGACUCCUGCUACCGCUAUGACCCCCACCUGAACCGCUGGCUGCGCCUGCAGGCCAUGCAGGAGAGCCGAAUCCAGUUCCAGUUGAACGUGCUGUGCGGCAUGGUAUACGCCACGGGCGGCCGCAACCGGGCCGGCAGCCUGGCCUCAGUUGAGAGGUACUGCCCGCGGCGCAAUGAGUGGGGCUACGCCUGCUCACUGAAGCGCCGCACAUGGGGCCACGCGGGUGCCUCAUCUGGGGGCCGCCUCUACAUCUCGGGCGGCUACGGCAUUUCGGUGGAGGACAAGAAGGCCCUGCACUGCUACGACCCCGAGGCCGACCAGUGGGAGUUCAAGGCUCCCAUGAGCGAGCCCCGAGUGCUCCACGCCAUGGUGGGUGCCGGCGGCCGCAUCUACGCCCUCGGUGGCCGCAUGGACCACGUUGACCGCUGCUUCGAUGUGCUGGCUGUGGAGUACUACGUGCCCGAAACAGACCAGUGGACCAGUGUGAGCCCCAUGCGGGCCGGACAGUCAGAGGCCGGCUGCUGCCUGCUGGACAGGAAGAUCUACAUCGUUGGGGGCUACAACUGGCGUCUCAACAAUGUGACAGGCAUUGUGCAGGUGUACAACACCGAGACGGAUGAGUGGGAGCGCGACCUGCACUUCCCGGAAUCCUUUGCCGGCAUCGCCUGUGCCCCCGUCCUGCUGCCCCGGGCCAGGACCAGGAGGUAG